UUUAGAACGUUGAGGCCUAAGGAAUUCUACGACAGAUUUAUUGCUGAAAAUAUCAGACCUGAUCGCAGGACGUUUAAGCAAUUUCGAAAAACAACAGUCAAUGUUGGGUCGAUUACUACUGCUAACGGAUCCGCAUUAGUUAAAAUUGGUAACACCACUAUGCUAUGUGGUAUAAAGACUGAAUUUGCGGUCCCGAAGUUAGAUAGUCCUGACCAUGGCUACAUUGUUCCAAAUGUAGACUUGCCCCCAUUAUGCUCUUAUCGAUUUCGUCCCGGGCCUCCAGGGGAACAAGCUCAAGUAUGCAGCCAAUAUUUAGCAGACAUAAUCAAAAGCUGUAACUUGAUCAAUCUGAAGGAUUUAUGUAUUGUUAAAGAGAAGCUCGCGUGGGUCAUUUAUAUUGAUUUACUAUGCCUGGACUGCGAUGGAAAUGUACUAGAUGCUAGUGUUAUUGCAAUGUUGGCUGCCUUGCGAAGUGCUAAGUUUCCGAAAGUAGAAAUUGAUGAAGAAGUUGAUAAACCAAUUGUCUCGAAAGAUGAAUCAUUUUCUCUAAAUGUUAACGACUGUCCUAUCUCUUCCACAUUUGUAUUAUUUGAUAAAAAUUUAAUACUAGCGGAUCCGACUUCCGAAGAAGAAAAUUUAUCCAGCGGCUACCUCACCAUUACAGUUAAUAAUGAUGAUGGAUUAUCUAACGUUCUAAAACCAGGUGGACGUGGCGUAAAUGACGCCGAAUUAAAUGAAUGUAUAACAUUGGCUAUAAAAAGAGCACGGGAUAUGCGAGAUCUACUAUCAAAAUUAUGUUGA